GUUUUAUAUAUAUAUCAUAGGUUUCCUACUCUUUCAAUAUCAUUACAUCUAAACAUUCAAUCUUAUACAUCAUCAUUCAACACAAAGCUUGAUUAUCUGCUAUCUUCUACUACAUACUUUGAAGGUUGAGAACAUAAGGAUAGAUAUAUACGAUAAACAAAGUACCAAGAUUCCAAGAAUAUAUACAAUGGAUCAGAUAGAUCAAGAGGCAAACAACAAUUCCUCAAGUGAUGGCAACACCUCAUUCUUUAAGACGUUAUUCAAUGGCCUCAAUGCAAUUAUAGGAGUGGGACUUUUGUCAAUGCCAUAUGCUCUAGCAUCAGGAGGUUGGUUAAGCUUAAUCUUGCUACUCGCAAUCUCCGGUGCUGCAGGCUAUGCAGGCCUAUUAACCAAACGAUGCAUGGACGCGAAUCCUAAGAUCAAAACAUACGCUGAAAUCGGAGAGGCUGCGUUUGGAAAACUCGGAAAAACAAUUGUAUCAAUUGUUCUAUAUGUAGACCUUUAUUUAGUCCUAACAGGUUACUUAAUCUUAGAAGGAGAUAAUCUACACAAUCUUUUCCCUGAAAUGAACAUUCAUAUGAAAGGGAUUAGUAUUGGUGGAAAACAAAGUUUUGUUAUAAUAAUCGCGGUAGCUCUUCUUCCAACGGUUUGGCUAGACAAUCUAAGCAUUCUUGCUUACAUUUCUGCUACCGGUGUUGUAUCUGCUCUUUUGAUUCUUGGAUCAAUUUUAUCAGUUGGAAUUUUCGAUGGCGUCGGGUUUCACAACAAAGGUGAACUCCUAAAUUGGAAAGGCAUUCCUAUGGCUAUGAGCUUGUACAUGUUCUCUUAUAGUGCUAAUCCUGUCUUUCCGACCCUAUACUCUUCCAUGAAAAAGAAACACCAUUUCUCUAAGGUCUUAAUCAUCGGAUUCGCAUGUGCUACUAUAUGUUACACUUCAAUGGCAAUACUUGGAUAUCUAAUGUUUGGUUCAGCAUUACAAUCCCAAAUAACAUUGAACCUUCCAACACAUACACUAAGUUCAAAAAUCGCGAUAUAUACAGCAUGGAUUAGUCCAUUAUCGAAAUAUGCAUUGAUGAUGGAGCCUGUUGCAGCUACCACUGAAAGUUGGUUUCCAAAAUAUCAAAAGAACAAGGGGUUCAAAAUUUUAUUGAGAACUAUUUUGGUUGCUACGCAAGUUGUCGUAGCUGUUACCAUUCCUUUCUUUGGAAGUCUUAUGUCACUAGUUGGAGCCUUACUAAGCGCGACAGCUUCGAUCACAAUUCCAUGCUUAUGCUACUUGAAGAUUUCGAAAAAUAGUGGGAGAUCGAUCGAGCACAUGUUCAUCAUGCUACUAAUACUUCUAAGUUUAGUGAUUGUAGCACUUGGUACUUAUACAUCAUUGCGGAGUAUAAUUAAGGAAGCCAUUAAACAUCAUCGUCACUAGGUUUUAGUAUAUAUCCUAGGAAAAAUAUAGACAAUGUUUGGUUUCAUAGCAUCACAAUCUUGGGCCUGGGCGGUUGUCCCACCCCAGCAACACAGCAUUACAAGCACAGUGUAUGUGGCACUUGUGCUAACCACACUCUCAUCUCAACAUAAUCUCUACUACCUCUAGCUGGCUAAGAUAUGAGCGGCACAAUUGCCAUCUCUACAAACUUGUGAUAAGGAAAUACUAGAGCACCACACAAUUAUUAUCUUGGCCCGGCAAACUAGUACUAUUACUCACGUUUUUAUUUGUGUAUCUAAUACUUCCUCUGUUCUUUUUUACUUAACAUAUUUUUUUUAUCACGCUUGUCGAUGCACAACUUUA